AUGUUGUUGGUUCUGCUGUUUCUGAGUCUGGUGCCUGGAUCCCUGUCUCAGGAACUCAUCCAGAAUGGUGGCAUGGAGAGUAUGACGGGGUGGACCUGUCCUAGGGGGACGUGCUCCCUGACGAACACCUCGCACGGGGAGAGCUACGCCAUAAAGGUGGGCGGAAGGGAAUCGUGGAAAAAUGGAUUGACACAGACAGUAACGACGACUCAACCCGAUACGUCAUAUACAUUCUCAGCAUGGGUGCACGUAGUUAGUGAUAUUCCUGGCAAGCUAGGCCAGCUGUUCAGAGUGUCUGUAUACCACACAUUCCAGGAUGGAACUAGAAAAACGCAGCACGUUGCCAUCAACCGCCUAAUAAGAUUUGAGGAUGGAUGGGUGGAGUUAAGGGGAGACUUCACCAUGCCAAACAACGACGUUACGUCAUCAAGAGUCGUCAUAUACGGGCCGCCAAUCGAGGCUGAAUAUUUGGUGGACGACGCGUCCAUGACGCCGAUAGCAGACUGGCCGAACUGGCUACAAGACACAGAGGCGAGCAUCAAGAAUUUGAGAACAAGUCCUAUUAAUAUUAACGUGUCUGUUGCUGGAAACAUCGACACGGCCGAUGUGGAGAUUAAGAUUACUCAGCUAAAGAAAUCCUAUCCGUUUGGGACAGCCAUUGGUUGUGACCUAUAUCACCAUGGUGAUGUGAGGUACCAGGAUUUCAUACAUGCACAUUUCAACUGGGCCGUAACAGAAAACAGUCUGAAGUGGAAACUUAUGGAAAAGAGAAAGGGCAGAAUCAACUAUCGCAGACCGUUGAAUGCCCUUAAGAAACUGAAAAGUAAUGGAAUAAAAGUCCGUGGUCACAAUAUCCUGUGGGCGACUACCCCCGGUACACCUACAUGGAUUAGAAACCUGAAGGGUGACGCCCUCAAAGCCGUUGUGAACACCCGUAUUGCCGGGGUUGUGACGAAAACCAAAGACUACCUGGAACACUGGGAUGUAAACAAUGAGAAUCUUCAUGGACAUUUCUUCGAGUGGGCCGUCCAAGACGCCAGCUACAACCUGGAGAUCUUCAACAUAUCACACCAGACCGCCCCCAACGUCAAGAUGUUUCUCAACGACUACGCCGUCGUGUCCAGGGUCCAUUCCACAGGGGCCUACCUCACUCAAGCUCUUCAGUUCAAGGCGGCAAAUGUUGGACUCUACGGAAUUGGUGCCCAGUGUCAUUUCAAUGGUGGGGUUGUCCCAGAUCUUAAUGUUAUUAAGUCUCGCCUUGACACUCUAGCAGAGGCUGGUGUCCCGAUUUGGAUAACGGAAUUCAGUGUUCAGAACACCAAUGAGACAAUUCGAGCGGACAUGUACGAGAAUUUACUGCGCCUGUUCUACGCACAUCCUGCCGUGGAGGGAAUCAUGUUCUGGGGGUUCUGGAGUGAAAAACACUUCCAGCAAGACACCGCUUCCCUCGUCAGCGGUAAAGAGUUCAGGUUAAACGCCGCGGGUCAGCGUGUUCUGGAUCUGUUUGAGAACCAGUGGAUGACCAAAGAGACUCACACGCUGUCUCAGUCUGGAAACCAGUUCACUGUUGAUGGUUUCCAUGGUGAUUAUGAGGUUAGCGUCAUGUACCAAGGUCAGGAACUGGUCGACAAGAAAACCGCGUUUAUGUUGGGGUCGUCUCCACACACGGUGACGUUGUCUGUGGCGUAG